AUGGCCAUUGACCCAAUUUCUUCUCUGAUUGUGAAGACCAGGGUCCUGAUAAAACAAGAAAGAAGAAAGCAGAAGGAAUACUUUGAAAGGAACAAGUUAAAAUCAAAAAUGAAAUUACUAGGAGUUUUUUCACCUGUCAAGAACCCCACGGUCAGUUUAGACCUUCUUAAUUUGUAUAUGGUAAAUCAGAUAUCUUCGAAGAAGAAAACACCUGAAAGCAUGAAAAGACCAACUCAUGUGAAUAUGAAUAGAGAUUUGAAAAUGCCACUGAGAAAGCAUGAUUUAGAACUUCCAAUGUCACCUCAUUGUGUACCUUCUAACCUAUGCAUUGAUGAUAUGGAAAAUAAUGUACCCUAUCAAAGAUUAUGUAGCAAGAAAGAAACUGGCCCAGUUCAACCAUCACAAAAUAUGAACUCAUACAGAAUGUUCAACAAAACAGAAGACUACAGUUAUAUUCCACCAUCGUUUCAAGCAGAAUUACCCUCUAACAGACAUAGUCCAAGCCAAAAUUGCACCCCUAGGAUAGUUCCAAAUCCUUGGAAAUCAGCAUAUAAAGAAAACCACAGCAAGCAGUUCAAUAAUGGGGAAUUCUCUGAUUCCUUAUCUUCCAAAUUAAAUAAACAUCAAAAUGUCUUCAGUUCAUCUCAGAAAACAGCAGAGUUUGGCGCAUCAUAUGAAAGAAUAAACAGUCCAGAAACUGGUGAUUUUCUUAUUAAAAAUCCUGUAGUUACGGAUGAAGAUCAUGGAAGUCUGUAUGAAAGAAGACAGCCAGACUUUGCUAUAGAAAAAACAUCAGUGCAACAGAUUUGGGAAAAUAAUGGAAAAGAAUUAUCCAGUUUUCUUGAUGAUGUGAUCCACCCAACUCAGAGUCAUCUGCCAGACAAUCACAACUCUUUUGUUAGUCACAAUAUGAUCAAUUUAUUGAGCACAGAUCAGCCAGGAAGAAGAGCAGCCUUUAACAGCUGUGGCUGUGAUAGCUUGAGUUAUACCCAUGCCGUUUCUGCCGAUGAAAGCUUUUCUUCUGGUGGGUUUAUUAAAGAGACAGUGCCACAUGCAACUUUUCAGAAUCUUCCUUUCAAUACAAGUUACAUAGAGACAUGGCAGCCAAACAAGCCCUACCAGGAGUACAAUGAUGAAAUAAAUGAAUUUAGGUCUUUUGAGAAAGAUUGUUACACAGCCAGCUGUGGAAGAAAAGGAAAAAUUGGAAGUGAUGACCAGUUGAAAGCACUGCAGAGAAAUGACAGGAAAUACCCAGUGUACUCUAUGGGUGAUAUUCCUUUGAAAGAAUUACAUCGUAAGCAGUCAUGUGAUUUUGACCGUAAUGAGAUCCCAAUGGAAGGAAGAGGAAUGUGUUCUUUACAAGGGGAAUCAAUGUCUACUGAGACAAUCUAUCUGGAGUCUUCGCAGAGCAGCCAGUCUGCCAGUUACUCUCCACGGCUGACAGAGAGUACUUUCAGCUCCAGUUCUGACUUGGUAUCUGAGGACGAGGAUCAGAUUCAGCAGCAUACUGAAUAUUCAAAUAAGAAAUUUGUACAAACAACUAAUAAUUAUCAUCCAGAAAAGAUGGAAGAUCAUUUAGGUGACGUAACUGUGAAAGACAAUGCCAAAAUUCAUACACAGAAUGAUAAUUUUUACCAGUCCUCAGAGAAAAAUAAUACAGAUGCAUUUCCAGAGUCCCAGUGCAAGUCAGAGCACACAUCACAAAACAGACCCAAUGGUACCUGUAUGCUUCAGUCUGGGAGAUGUGACUCAGGGGUACAGACAGAUUGGGAGCCCACUUCCAUGGUGUUAGAAACAGCAGAUGUUGCCAUAGAGUGCACCCUCAUCUCACAGUGUUCAUGUAAAGAUAGUCCCAUUGGUCAUGUAAAAGAGGUGUCCUCCCUUCAUGAGGCUGGAAGCUGCAGUGAAGACCUGACGGCAGACACCACUGGAGGGCAGGAAACACUUACAAAUAACUCACUGUAAAAUCUCAGACUAGGAAAUAGUUUCACUUAACCU